CCUCCCCCACGUCUUCCUUGCCUGUCCCCUCCCGAGCCCUCCCUCUCCGCUUGCUCCCGGCUCCACGCCCGCCUUCCUUGUACCCACCCACCCGGCCGCCCCGCAGCCAAUAGGGAGGCGAGAAGGGGUUCAGGGCCGCCCGGCAAGGUGCCAGAGCGGGGCCGGGGCUGGGGACAGGGCGGGGGCUGGGGCCCGAGCACCGGGGAUCUGCGCCUCCGGCUGCGGGGAGGAGAAGGCGCGGGCGCCGACGCCGACGCCGGAACCGCUGCCGGAGCCGGAGCCGCCCCCGUCGCCCUCCAGCUGCUGCUCCCCAGGGAGAGGAGCCGACUCCCCGGACGUGCCCGGAGAAUGUGUGUGUGUCCCGGGUCCAGGCGAAUUGGAAUCCCGGUCAGAAGUUCCAGCCUGCCCUUGUACUCUGAUGCCAUGCCGGCGCCGACUCAGCUGCUUUUCCCCCUCAUCCGUAACUGUGAGCUCAGCCGUAUCUGUGGCACCGCAUGCUACUGCCACCACUCACAUCUGUGCUGCUCCCCACCUCCCUUCCCUGUCAGCCGCCUGAGAUACACCCCUCAGAAGGCAUUCUCGACUCUUCGGCCAAAGGAUCACUUCUGGCAGUAUACCCACACGAGGAGAUACGCUACCACCCCUCAGAGAUUUUACCUCACGCCUCCGCAGGUCAACAGUAUCCUAAAAGCCAACGAGUACAGUUUUAAGGUACCUGAGUUUGACGGCAAAAAUGUAAGUUCUGUUCUUGGAUUUGACAGCAAUCAGCUGCCUGCCAAUGCCCCCAUCGAGGACCGCAGGAGUGCAGCGACUUGCUUGCAGACCAGGGGGAUGCUCUUGGGGGUGUUUGACGGUCAUGCGGGAUGUGCCUGCUCUCAGGCAGUCAGUGAAAGGCUUUUUUACUACAUCGCGGUCUCUUUGUUGCCCCAUGAGACUUUGUUAGAGAUAGAAAAUGCCGUGGAGAGUGGCCGAGCCCUUUUACCCAUCCUGCAGUGGCACAAGCACCCCAAUGAUUAUUUCAGUAGAGAGGCAUCCAAACUUUAUUUCAACAGCUUGAGGACUUACUGGCAAGAGCUCAUAGACCUGAACACUGGGGAAACCACUGAUGUCAAGGAGGCUUUGAUUAAUGCCUUCAAGAGGCUUGAUAAUGACAUCUCUCUAGAAGCACAAGUAGGGGAUCCCAACUCUUUCCUCAACUACCUGGUGCUGCGAGUGGCCUUCUCAGGGGCCACUGCUUGUGUGGCCCACGUGGAUGGGGUUGACCUGCACGUGGCCAAUACCGGGGACAGCCGGGCCAUGCUGGGGGUACAGGAAGAAGAUGGCUCAUGGUCGGCAGUCACCCUUUCCAAUGAUCAUAAUGCACAGAAUGAAAGUGAAGUGGAAAGGCUAAAACUAGAGCAUCCCAAGGCUGAGGCCAAAAGUGUCGUGAAGCAGGACCGGUUACUGGGUUUGCUGAUGCCAUUCCGAGCAUUUGGAGAUGUGAAGUUCAAGUGGAGCAUUGAACUUCAGAAGAGGGUGAUAGAAUCAGGCCCAGAUCAGUUGAAUGACAAUGAGUAUACCAAGUUUAUCCCCCCCAAUUAUUAUACCCCCCCGUAUCUCACUGCUGAGCCAGAAGUAAUAUACCACAGGUUAAGGCCACAGGAUAAGUUUCUGGUGCUGGCGACUGAUGGUCUGUGGGAGACCAUGCACAGGCAGGAUGUGGUUAAAAUAGUAGGCGAGUACCUGACUGGAGUUCAUCAGCAAAGUCCUAUCUCCGUCGGUGGUUACAAGGUAACUCUGGGACAGAUGCAUGGUCUCUUAGCAGAAAGGAGAGCCAAGAUUUCUUCUGCAUUUGAAGAUCAAAAUGCAGCCACCCAUCUCAUUCGUCAUGCUGUUGGCAAUAAUGAAUUUGGGGCUGUUGAUCACGAGCGCCUCUCCAAAAUGCUCAGUCUUCCUGAGGAGCUUGCUCGGAUGUAUAGGGAUGACAUCACCAUUAUUGUUGUCCAGUUUAAUUCUCAUGUGGUGGGAGCAUAUCAAAACCAGGAACAGUGAGUGACUAAAAAAUUAAGGCAAUUAGAGAAUGAAAAUGACAGGUUUGAAUGGUGAAGAUAUUAAAAAAAAAAUGAACUUGAGAAAUCCUUCCAGUGGGUCAGCCCGUUAAAUCAAGCAUUUACUCAUUUAAAAUCCUAACUAAUACAAGUGUGUUUCUAGAAUUGGGGAGAAUGUCAGGAAAGGGCCUAGUAAACUGACUUCUCUAAAGGUCUGAAAAAAAAAAUGCUGCCUUAGCUCUGACCAGACAUGGCUCCUCCAGUUGAUAAGGAAAAGAUACUUGGAGACCUAUCAAGUUCUCGUUAUAAGUGUCCUCUAGGGAGGAGAGGCUUAAUUUUACCAGUCUUUGAAAAUAGCCAUGACCUCAGGAUAGGACCUUGAGUAAGACAGAGUGAAAGGAAUUCGCUGGGUCUAUGCUUACUGUAGAAAGGGAGCAAAAUGCUAUUCAUUUGCAGCCUGAUUUUCUUCAAGAAAAAUACCUGUUUUACCAAUGAGCAAAACUGUUGCUCACUACCAUUUUUAAUUGCACACUUACCUGUAUGUUUUUGUUUACACAUUGUACAUAUAACUCUUUCCAUUUAAAUAUGUUAAGCUGUAAGUUAGCAAAACUCAAGUAAUUGAAAUUUAUUCAACCAAUUUGGUUUAUGACAUUUAAGGGAAAUGAUGCUUUUGGGAAAAAUGUAACCAGAUUUUGUUCCCUUUCUGUCCCACUUAUCCUUUCCCCACCACUGCCCCAAUAUCAACUUGGAAUUGAAACAUUUCUUCUUACAAUGAUUUUAAGAAAACAAAAUUUUUGGUUCUCUCAUUUGUUAUUGAUAAUAAACAGGGAAAAAAACAUUGCAUUUCACUUGUAUGGUGUGAAAAUCUUGGUUCAGCUGCUUAAAUGAAUAAGAGACUUUUUUGACUCCUGAAAGAUGUAAGAUUUUUUUUUUAGACUAAGAAAGGAAAAAACUGAAUUAUCCUCAAGAAUAUCCUCAAGAACUUUAUACCCUCUGAGUUUAUUUUACAUCAGUGUUCUUUAUUAAAUGAUCUCCAACUAUGGCAUGCUAUCAGAGUGGGGAUAGGCCCUUUUUUAUCAUAAGACCACCAUUUUUUAAUUUUGGUGCUUCUCUAAAAAUUGUUCAUCAACAUUGUAUUUCAUAUCUACCAUGUGUGUGGCAAGUUACAAAAGGUGGGGUGAGAAAAGGGACAUUUCAGUAUCACUAGAUAGAAAGGGAAUCUUUCCUUCCUCUGCUUCUCCCCUCUUCCCCUGAAAACACAGGUCAAAAUGUAAACAUCCUUGUUUUAAACAUUGCUAAAUGCUUUCUUUAUACAUACUAUGGCUUGUAAAUAGGAAUGUAAAGAAAGAGAUGAAACACCUAAGGAAGGUAAUUACUGUGCAUGCCUGAUACUUAAUAUUGAUCACAGCAUCAUCACCCACUACCAUUUUCUACACCCAUGUCCCCAUGUGAUUUCGUUUCUGCUGACCAUAGAAGGAAAGGAAUACAAUCACAAUGGAGGGAAAUAUAUUUGUGGUGGCACUUUGAAGCUUUUUUAGUAUGUAUCAUUGGAUGUUUCACCACUGGAUUUAGUUGUGAACUGUGGAUUUAUUUUCUCCAAUCUAAUAUCAGUGAAAAGACUAGCUAUGACUACAUUUGAUUUGCAGGUAGAUUUGGAUAUAAACUGUUCCCAGCUUUCAACAUGCAACUAGUUGGGAAUAUUUAGUAAUAGGAUAAAAAUUGGACCAGAUGUGCAAGGAUUCUUUCUAGCCUUUGAGCAAUCAGGCUCAACUGGUGUGGACUGCUAAAUUUGAUUUUGUUAAAAGCUCAACCAGAAGGCUAGUAGCACAGAGUAAUUUGCUAUUUGAUUUCUGGGUAUGUUACAUAUUUAGUACUCAGUGGUACAAAAAGAGAAUCCCUAAUGCAUUGUGUACUGUAGAAAUGGAGUUAUAUCAACUGCUCUGAAUAAAACCACUGAAUAUCUAAUAAAAUCUUUGACGUUUGUAUAUAGCCCACUGCUAUGUAAAUUUGGCUUCCCAUUGUCCUAACCAAUAUGGUGGCAUUUCCCAUCACUUUAUUAAAAACAAUCAUAUAUUGGUCUUCAAUUUGAAAGCUCAGUUCAUUUUCCCGCUGAAGACAAAAACCAUAGUUUGAAUGUUGACAGCUUUAGGAAUGAGAUAAAUUGAGUGUAAUGCCAUCCAAAGCAACUGUGAUCUUAUUGUAAUUUCUUGUCUCUGUUAUUCUUUAUGCAGAACUAAAAUUCUUGUAUAGGUAAAAAGGCUUGUAUCUUUCUGUUGCCUUGUCUCAUGUGUAAAGUACAGAAUGUAUGUAAGCUGUUAAAGAAUUUAACCUUUCUUAAAUUUUUCUACUGUUUAAACUUUCUAGCAGCAUAUGCACUUAACUACUGUAUUUAUAUCUAAUCAGUGGUUCAUUAUAGUAUUUAUAUUUAAAAAAAAGUCCUUAAUGAGUUAAAAAGGGAUCCUGGUACUAUAUCAGUACUCAAUAGGAAAACAACAACAACUUUGUUUCAUAACUGUACAGGGAUAUAUUAAAGUGUUUAUGACUUGGAGAAAUGUUGUUAGAGAUGUCUGGAGUGAAUUAAAGCGUUAUAACUGCUUUCCAAA